AUGCCCAAACGUGCGUUUUUCGGACGCGACGAAGAGGCAGAUCAGACGCUGGACCUGAAGCGAAAGCGGCCACGCCGUGCUUUCGGAGCGGAUCAGCCAUUUUUCAAACCGUAUACCUCCCCCGAUAUUUUCCGCAAACUAGCGAGUCUUGCACGGAUCGAGUUGGAGCGAAGCGAAAAUGACCUGGAAAACAGUGCCCACCGUGGUAACCGAGACCGACAUAUCUCCCGGAACACAGAUGCACUGACACUGAACGCGCUCCGCUACCUUCCGCACGCGGUGUACAAAUGGCUGGAACACAUGCCGGCCCCUUGGGAGCCAACGCGGUUUGUACCCGUGAUUUUCCAUCACACUGGUGCGUUGGCUUUUAUCGAGGGUUCACGUCGAGUCCCCGAGGUCGUUCAUCGGGCCCAAUGGGCGCGUUGGUGCGCCUACCUCGACCGUCGUCGUCAUGAGGCACACGUCGCCUCGACAAGCAGCGGAAAGCGGCAGCGAGAUCUGACGCGUUCCUUCGUACGUUUGCAAGUGCCGGCGUUCGACGACGAUGAGCCGUCACCGAGCUUCCGCGAGUUUGUCUACCAUCGAACGCUGCCGACACCAUUUGCUAACGAUGCAGACGCGGCAGCUGAAUACGAGCGAAUCCAACAGCUCGCCGCGAAUUUGCACACACCGGAGGCGCGUGCUGCGCUCUACCGGAUGAGUUUGCCGUGGGCGCCACACCCGAACGAUCUGGAUCCAAGUCAGUUCUAUCUGCGAAAUCGCUUGACAUUGCGACGAGUGCAUCGACUCGAGCAUGAGCGUGCAAACCUUCGACGUAAGAGCCUACACGCCGGCUCUUUGCACAGCGAGGGCGCGCAUCUGCUCCAGGAGGACUGGGACGAUUUCACGGAGCUCGGUAUGCAUUCCAUCCUGCCUGGUCAACGUCGCGCUCCAGAACUGCACCAGGCUUAUCCGUACCUGUACGACGCAUUCGAUGAACGCACCCCGAACCCAGAGCAACCGCUGUGGCACCACCAUGCGCCGCGGCCGCUCAUGUGGCCGCCAACACCACCACCGCACCCGCUCUGGCCGAGUGCGUGGAGCUGGCAGCCUACGCUAGCACCGCUCCUGCACAGCAGUGCACAAGGCGCUGGCGAGCGCAUCAUCCCAGACACCAGCGAAGGCGCCAGCGCUCAGCGUACGCGCUACCGCGCUCAUCCGGCGCUGGGCGAUUUCGAUCUGGACGCGUGCGGCGAACGCGUCGGAGCCUGGCUCGAUUUGCUCUAUGCACCGCGUCCAUAUAAGGGCAGAUGUGUUCGAAAACGGAAGCGGAUGCAGGAUAUCGACAUGGAACGCGAGUUGUACUGGCAACUGGAGCGCGUCCAUUACAUGCGCCCGAAAAGUACUGCCGCAGUCCACAGCUUGUUGAAACGACGCUGUCGACAAGCAGAAGCACAGCGUCUUCGCUACCUGCGAAAAGAACGUGGUCGCGGGCGCAAGCAAUCGACUUUGGCGAUCCAGUCGGCCUCUGGAGACGCUGGCGAUGAAGCUGAGAAGCAGCACCGACGGCCGGAUCUGCUGAGGACGUUGCGGCAAUCGGGAUUUUUUUAUCGCACCAGUAUGGAUUGGUUGGAGGUCGGCAUCUGGCUGUGCGACGCUGCACGAUCGAUGUUUUUGCUACUUUUGAGACGAAAACGAUUCUUCUUUCUGAGCAUGGACUACAAUUUUCAGAUCGUGCCGUUGCGUACGCUGACGACCAAAGAACGAAAGCAGUCUCGCUUCGGGAAUGCGUUUCAUUUGAUGCGCGAAUGGAUGCGUAUGGUGAAGCUGAUUGUGGAUGUGCAUCUGCGGUAUCGGGCGGGUCUCGGCGCGGAUGCCAUUCAACUCGCCGACAGCAUCACGUACAUCGAAUCACAUAUCGGUGAACUGACAGGUCUCUAUCGUUACAAGUACCGGGUUAUGCGCCAAAUCCAUGCGACCAAGGACCUCAAGCAUCUUAUGUAUCAGCGUUUCGGAUGGUCGGGUCCCGGCAAGGCCUGCUGGCAACCCCUCUGGCGGCAAUGGGUGCACCUACUUCGAGGCCUGAUGCCCUUGCUCGAACAGUGGUUGGGUAACCUGCUGAAUCGCCAUUUUGAAGGACGCGAGCCGCUGCGCAUGGCGCAACGCACCGUCACAAAGCAACGACUCGAGUCGCAGUUUGAUGUGGCGCUACGUCAGGAGACUAUAGCGCGUCUUCGGCAACUGUUGCCAGCAGCGCGUCAACCACUAUAUACGAGGCGUGUUCUCCAGCAUAUGCACCAGGCGUGGCGCUGCUGGAAGGCCAAUAUCCCGUGGCACGUACGAGACAUGCCCCCUGAAAUCGACAGACUCGUACGGGAUUACGUGCAGCAGCGGGCGCAAUGGUGGAUAGAGGGUGCUCGACGCUUCGCGAUUGCGUUUCGAAGCGGUCGUUCCAUGGAUAAGGCACUUGUUCGCCAGAUGUACGGGCGACUUGCUCGUCUUGCCGUUCACCAUGAGCAGGCGCAUCAGCGGCAGUAUUUGGAGCACGGUCCCUUUCUGUUGCCGACCGAAGCAGCAUCGAUAUUGUACAGAUUCGCAACGUACCUGGAGAAAGCAGGUGUUGCCGACUCAUGCCCUUGGCAAUUGCCUUGGUUCGCCGCAGAUAACGCGGAUUCCGGGCUAGCUCCCGCAUUACUGCAACUCGCGAUCGAGCGUCUCCGCCCGGAAACGGAGGGCGAGCACUGUCCCCCGGGGCUCGGCGAACUUGUCACAGAGGCAGAGGCAGCGCCUGCAGCGAUGCUGUAUAGAAUCCGGCAGCGACUGCAGGCGGUGCAAAUGCGUCACCAGGUGGAACUCCGCUUCUACGAUGACGCGGACCUGACGCCUGUGUAUCGGAUCGAUUCCUUUGAGCGACUGGUGGACGCUUUCCUCGAUCAAUGGCUCUGGUACAAGGCCACGGAGACGCGCCUUUUUCCGGCCCAUGUCCAGCCAUGCGACGAUGAGUUGCCGCCCGUUCACGUCCUCCGUUUCGUCGAACGCUUGGAUGCUAUACCUCAUCUGUGGACACUCGGAACAGCACCAAACAAGAGCUUCCUGGUCCUCAUACAAACGCCAUUGCCAGGGCUAUUUCAGCGCGCGGAUUUGCUGGUUCUGGAUCGAUUGCUGCGACAGUUGCUCGCACCCGAAAUCGUUGAUUAUCUAAUUGCCCGCUGUAAUGCAACGAUUACGUUCAAAGACAUGCGUUAUACGCAGUCGGUUGGCAUCCUGCCUGGUUGGGAGUUUUCAGGUUUCCUGCAACAGCUCUAUGGUCUGGCGGCGGUAGAUCUAGCGUUUCGCGCACCAGAUAUGGACGCGGACCUGCUGAGCCUGCCGAGCUGGCCGCCUGCCGAACUCGCUGGCGACCAUGACGUGCGACGCAACGACGCCCGUAGUUGCCCGUCGAUGCGGCUGCUUGCCUACGAACGAAUUCUCGAUCGACUGUAUGCGCUGAUUCGGGUUCCCGAAGAGACUGCGCGUGUGGCUGUUACGCGUCUCGAGCAGCGUUACGAACGCCAUCCGGAGCGGGAGACACUUCUCGACGCGGCGCUGUACCCCAGUCGACGGUGCUGGCCGAGUGCAGUGCGCAUGCGCCUGCGCCCCUUCGACUGUCUGCUGGGUCGAGCCCUCUUUGAUGCGAUUCGCGAUCGCAUUGGCCCGGGCGUGAGUGCGCUCCGACCACUCGUCGAGAUGCCCGAAUCCCAGACUGCGGUAAGCGUCGUGUCAGGGCCCGAGAAUCCCAGUCUUUUCUUCGAAAUGUUUGGAUUCGAGGUGCGAAUGCUCGCAAGCGGUUUUGACAGAAUCCUGCCUGCUGGCAUGGGCAGCGCUCGACCCGCAUCAGAAGCAGCAGCAACUGCAGGGAUGCGUUGGUCAUUGCCCAGCGGGCGCACCGUGGCGUAUGUUCGCGUCUCGCCGCACGCGCUGCAGCGAUGGGCGCUGGAUGUUCAGCGCCUGUUGAUGGCGACCAUACAUGCCCCAUUUACGCGCGUGGCAGCCCGGUGGAAUGCGUUAGCACUCCACUUUGCCGGCAUGUAUCGCCAAGUCGCAGCGAAUGAUCCAACCGUACGGCAAUUUGUCCAGCAUGCCCAAGAGCGCGUACAGAACAGGAUCAAGCUGGGUCUGAACUCGAAGAUGCCGGUGCGCUUCCCACCGGUGGUGUUCUACGCUCCGCGCAGCCUCGGCGGCCUCGAAAUGAUGAACAUAGGCCACGACCCGGUGCCGUCGCUGUGGUCCUUCAUACCAAGCUGGCUCGAUGAGAUCGCUGACGCGGAGUUGCUGGAGCGCGAGCUUCAAGAACGAGCGCAGGCAUUUGGGGCACACCUCGAUCGGCGACUGCUGCCACCAGCAUGGCUGCAUCGCGGUCUGCCACGUUUGGCUGCACGCUAUCACCCGCAAGGAGCGUUGUGGACGCUCGAUCACGGCUAUCGUGUGCGAAGUCUCUUGCGCGUGCACGUUACCGGGCGGAAGAACGCCCUCUGGUGGCUAGAUUUCAUGCACGACGGACGCCUUUGGGAGCUGGACGACUACCGGAGUCAGGUUACGCAUGCUUUGGGUGGCGUGCCGGCAAUCCUGUCGCAUACGCUCUUUGCGGCAACUGGGUAUCGAGAUUGGCGAGGCAUCGUCUGGGGCGACCACGGCUUUGAGCACAAACUCGCGGGCAGGCCGUUGACGCGGGCGCAGCGAUCUGGACUUGUCCAGAUACCCAAUCGCCGAUUCACGCUCUGGUGGUCGCCGACCAUCAAUCGCAGCCGGGUGUACAUGGGCUUCCGCGCCCAGCUCGAUCUGACGGGGAUCUUCAUGUACGGCAAGCUUUCGACGCUCAAAAUCAGCCUUUUGCAGGUGUUCCGAGGCCAUCUCUGGCAGCGUAUUCAUGAAAGUCUGGUACUUGAUUUGUGCAAAGCAUUGGAUACAGAGCUGGGGGCGCGCUCGCGCGAGGCGCGUGUUGCGGUCACGGUGCAGAAGGAACGAAUCCAUCCGCGCAAGUCUUAUCGCAUGCACUGGAGCAGCGCGGAUAUUAGAAUCGAUUUCGAGCAACCGAUUCUCGUGUCCGGUGACGCCUUGCCCGUGGACGAGGCCGUCGCCUUCGAAUCCAAUGCGGGCGGUCAAGGGCGAUCGUCGCUGCGGCCGCCAGGUAGCGACGCGGCAGCCAAAAUCUAUUGGAUUGAUGUCCAGCUCCGUUGGGGCGACUACGACGACCAUGAUGCCGCGCAAUACGCAGCGCAAAAAUUUCGGGCGUAUACAGCACCGGGAGCGUCGAGUCUGUACCCGUCUCACCAUGGACUGGUCGUGGUCUUUGAUCUAGCCUACGGCGAGUGGUCUGCUUUUGGGCACGCCUGCGCCAUGGGCGUCGUGUCGAUCGUGACCGAGGAAUCGCGCCGGAUGCUUAUGCAUAACCAGGCACUCGCGCUCCUUCGUGAACGCAUUCGCAAAGCGCUUCAGCUCUACGUCAUGGAGACGGUGGAAAGCGAGACGCUGCAGGCGGCGACGACUACGACAUCGGCUUCCGAUACGAUACCUCUGCUCGUGGGGUGCGGCGGCGACUUGUGGCGGCAACGCCUCUGGAUCGUGGAUGAUCGCACUGCGUACAGGCCACAUGCGAACGGUGUUAUCUGGAUAUGGGAGACGUCGACAGGGCGACUGUUUGUGAAGAUUGUCCAUCGGACUACGUGGGCUGGCCAAACCCGGCGAGCGCAACUCGCCAAGUGGAAAUGCGCUGAGCACGUUUUAACCAUGCUCCGUUCACAGCCAACUGAAGAGCUACCGCGGGGCAUCGUGCUCGCACAAACCGCAUCCAUGGACCCGUUGAAGACGCUCUUGGCAGGCACCGAGUAUGCCAAAAUUCCUGUGCGUGCCGGUGCGGCGGCCAUGCCGCUGCAGGCGCUAAUGGCGCUGCCGGAGAUCCGCGACCGUACUCAGACUGCGCGCUCCAGCGAGCUUUCGAUCUGGAGUGGCUACGCGGAUUGGCUUGAGCAUGUGCCCGUGUGGAUCGCGUCGGCGCGCUUCCUGCUCCUGCUCCACGCCUUGGACCGGGCGCCAGAGCGUGUCCUGCAGCUGGUGUGGCCUCAGCGGUCGGCGGACGAGGAGAGCGCGGGCUCCGCGACACCUUGGCUGUGGCCCGCGCUUCCCGAGACUGACUGGCGCCGUCUGGAACUAGAGCUCCAGUCGCUGGUGCCCGUGCGUCUACGCCCUGCCCAUGUCGCUGGUGAUCAGCCAGGUGGCAGGGAUGACGACGGAACGGAGCAGGUGCUGGAGCACACACGACCGAAGACGGUUGCCGCAUUCGACCGGUAUGGCAAUGUGAUUUCGGUGGAGACCACCACGCCAUUUGAGCGGCAGGAGUACCGCACGUCGUCGGUCACGGUAACGAAUGCAGAACAGCAACGGCUACUGUCCUUGUACCGACGACUCCCAGACGUUCUCGAAAACCUGCACGUUGUCGAGCCUGGACACACCAGUGGCAGUCUGUACGGAGGCGAGCGCCCGGAACAGGCGACGAUCUCGGCGAUGCCGCAUCUCGCCAAGCGAUUCGAGCUCCAUCUACCGAGAGGCCUCGUCCGCGGUCUUUUGCUCGCGGGUAUGACUUGUGGCCAACUCUGGGGCACGCGCACCGCCAACGCGGAUACAGUGGUUUGGAUCGCCUGGGCGCUGCGUCAUCAUGACGCCGAGGCAUCGACACCGUUGCCGAGCAUGGUUGAGGCAGCGGCCUGCUUUCGCCCUGGCUCGGUGCAAGCGAUCGGCUGGAUUCAAGCGUGCCUCGAUGUGGGUCGGCCACCAGCGCCAGGACCGGGGGUGCAUGCGCCCCACGAUGUGCAGGUCAUACUCUAUCUCCAGGGCGAAGAACGCCAAAUCGAUUUGGCAUCGCCGUCGCUCGAUCGCCACGCAGCCGAAGCAGUGCAGACACACGAUGUGCACGCAUCGCGGGCACCGAGUGCGCACGCAUUCGGACACGUCAUCGGGAGCACGCAUGCGAUGUCACGCGCCCUGGGUGUCCUGCAGGCGUGGACUGGUGGCGGCUCCGGCGACGUGAACGAUCCUCAAUCCGUGCAUGUUCGCGUUCGACUGCGUGAUGAUUUGAGUGCUGUUUUCCUCUACGCAAAAGAUGGUCGGCUGAUUGCGCGCCCGCCGGGACGUUUAUUCGAAACGAUACCGGCACCGAUCGAAGAGGGAACUUAG